AUGCGGUCGUCUCUCUUCCAGCUGGCCAUCUCGGCCGCUGUCGGCAUCCGAUCGGCUUUGGCCAUUGGACCUCCCCCGCCGCUGCCUCCUCCCGACAGGCUGGACGUCGCUGCGUUUCGCGCUCUCGCUGAUCCCCAGUCGACCACCACAGGCCAGGGCACCUUUGAUCAGUACAUUGAUCACAAGAAUCCCAAGCUCGGCACCUUCCCCCAGACUUACUGGUACAAUGCCACUUACUGGAAGGGUCCCGGCUCACCCAUCGUCGUCUUCACCCCUGGCGAGAUUGCGGCUGCUGGCUACACUGGCUACCUGACCGAUCAAAGACUGACGGGUAUGCUCGCCAAGGAGGUGGGAGGUGCAGUCGUCAUCGUCGAGCACCGCUACUGGGGUAGCAGUACCCCCUACGCGGUCCAGACUACCAAGAACCUCCAGUACUUGACUCUUGAGCAGGCCGUGCAGGAUUUCGCACGAAUCACGCGCGAGCUCAAGCUGCCCUUUGACACCAAUGGCUCAUCCAACUCGCCCAAGGCUCCGUGGAUCUGGACUGGCGGUUCUUACUCGGGUGCCCUGGGUGCCUGGAUCGAGAGCCUUGCCCCUGGCACCAUGUGGGCCACACACUCCAGCAGUGGUCCCCUCGAGGCCAUCUACGACUACUGGCAGUAUUUUGUGCCCACGCAGCAGGGCAUGCCGCAAAACUGCAGCAAGGACUUUUCGGCCAUCAUCGACCACGUCGACAACGUCCUGCUGCACGGCAGCCGCAAGGACAAGGCCGACCUGAAGGCCUUGUUCAACAUCGAGGGCCUCGAGCACGCGGACGACAUUGCCACUGCUAUCUCUGCCCCCAUCUGGGCCUGGCAGAGCAUCCAGAUGUACUCUGGCUACUCGGUCUUCUACCAGAUGUGUGAUGCCAUUGAGGGGUUCGGCCAGAACACCUCGUCCAUCUCGACCACAUAUCCCACUAACCAGGGUGUGGGUCUCAAGGCCGCUCUUCCCAACUAUGCCGCAUGGUAUAAGAAGGCCUAUCUCCCCGGCACCUGUGCCAGCUACGGCUACCCGGAGUGGUCGGAUGAGAACAACGUCGAGUGCUUCAACACGUACAACGCCACGAGCCCCAUGUACACCGACUACUCCGAGUCCAACUCCUUCUAUCGCACCUGGGUGUGGAUGACUUGCAAUGACCCCUUCUUCUACUACCAGACCGGCGCUCCCCGCAACCGCCCCUCCAUCUUCUCCCGCGUCGUCGGUCCCGAUUACUACCAGCGCCAGUGCCCGCUCUUCUUCCCGCGCGAGGGCAAGUACACUUACGGCUCGGCUAUCGGCGACAGCGCUGCCAAGCUCAACGCACAGACCGGCGGGUGGAAGUUCACUGGCAAGAAGCGUCUCUUCCACGUCAACGGCGAGUUUGAUCCGUGGCGUUCGGCCUCCGUGGCCAGCGAGUUCCGCCCCGGCGGUCCCUACAAGGGCAGCAAGAACACGCCCAGCAUCCUCAUCAAGGGCUCGCGCCACUGCAACGAUCUGUCCAAGAGGAACGGCGACGCCAACAGCGACAUUGCCGCUGCGCAGACGACGAUUGUUGCGCAGAUUGGUCAGUGGACGAAGGAGUUCUAUGGUGCUCACGGCCGCCGGAGAACGGUUUAG